AUGCCAAUUAUUGACAUACUCAUUGAACCUGUGUAUGAGAGAAGACGUCUAUUAUAUACAUUAUUAAAAAAUUUAUAUGAUUAUUGUGAAUCGAAUGGUUAUACAAAAAUAAUCGGAUUUGUGUCUACAACAAUAAAACGACCUCAAUAUUCGACUAAAACUAAUAAUAGUCUAUAUAUGUCUUAUAUUAAUGCAGGAUUUCUUAAUUGUGGUUAUAUUAAUAAUGGACGAUAUAUUCAAAUGGAAGCAACAUUUAUGAAUAAUCUCAAAAUAUGUAAAAAAGCUAUUCAAUUAUCAAUUGAUACAUUAUAUGAAAAAGAAAUUAAACAUUUUCAACAAAAACAAGAUACACAACAAUCAAUCACCACGAAUGAUUCAAUUGAAGAAUAUAGAAAAAAAAAUAAAAAUAAGAAAACCGUACGAUUUGCGUAA